AAAUGAGGAUGCUAUAAACCAGAUGGCCGUCCCUCCCUUCUCGUCCCCCCCUCCUCCCCCUGUCCUCAGCCCCGUCAGUCCUGAGUCCGUCUGUCCAGCUCCUCUCAGUGUCUCCGCACCCACAGACGUCCCCCGCCCCCCCGACAGCCUGACGCUCCACCCGUCAUCAGACGCACCGGACGAGACGAGCGAUGAAGCCGAACAGAACAACAGGAACAGAAACAGAAACGUCGCCGCCAAGAGUCUGAGAGCGAGCGACGCCUCCAACAAGCAGAGGUUGAAAGCUGCAGAGUCUCCAGAAAAUGAGCUUCAGGCUCCAAAGGCGUCUCUGGAGCAGCAGUCCUGCAGGUCUUCCAGCAAACUAACGGCAGCAUCUCCUCCUCUGAUCAGCCCUGACCUGCAGGCCGCCAACAGAGACCCGUCCUGCUGCGCUGUGGUUCCCGGACAGGAAAUGCUGCUGGAGAUCUGUAAAGGUCGAUCAGGACUCGGACUCAGCAUCGUGGGGGGACGAGACACACAGCUGGACGCCAUCGUGAUCCACGAGGUUUACGAAGAAGGAGCCGCAGCCAGAGACGGACGGCUGUGGGCCGGAGACCAGAUACUCGAG